GGUUUACCUAAGACCGCCCUCCCAACUCCAAGUAGGCUGAAGCAGAGCUAGGUGCAGAGCUAUGUUGAUUCUUCCUACUGUGCACCCACACGUAGGCACAGAGGCCAACACGCCACUGAACCGGGCUGAACUGAGGAAAGCCAGAAUGUCAUUGUGGUUUACAGCUUGCAUUUCCCACAGCAGAGACUGUACCUGACUUUGUAGGCAGUAGUGAAAACACACUGUUUGUAGAAAAACAAAAACAUAGGUUUAGGUCCUGGGUCUUACCUGUAUGACCUUGAAUAUGUCCGUAGAGCUCUCCUAGUGUGUUUCCCAGAAGUAAAAUGGGAUCACAAACUGGCUAGCUUCCCCCAUCCCCCGCCCUUUUGGUGCCAAGCCCAAUGAGAGGAAGCGUGCGAAGAGUUUUGUUAACUUUCUCACUGCAUGUGAUGCCCGUGUAAAAGAUAGAGUUAUUCUGAGGGUCACUGUUCUUCGGUGAUGAAGUGGGUGGAGGUGCUGUUCCUGGGCAUAAAGGCAGCCCUGUGCCUGACAUGGAUUGAUCUGUCUUCCGGCAGCCAAGUGCAGGCGUGAACCUUGGUCGGCCCCACACUCUUCUCCAUCCAUAGCCCACGUACUAGAGUUUGGACUUGGACCGAAGUCUGGGGCAGCUCCCUAAUUACUAGGGCGCUGAAGUGUGAUUGUGCCAGUCAGCUGCAAGUGCCUUCGGCAGCUUAUACAUUACCCGCUCCUGCAGGUGCUGCUGCUGCCUCCGCUGUGCUCAGACACAGGUAACACAGGAUUGUCCAUCCUCCGGCAACUUGGUACAAAGGUGUGAACUCAGCUUGUUUCAGAGCCUCUCCACCAUGACCUCCAAAAAGCUGGUGAACUCGGUGGCAGGCUGCGCUGAUGAUGCCCUUGCUGGCCUGGUGGCCUGCAACCCCAACCUGCAGCUCCUGCAGGGCCACCGUGUGGCCCUCCGUUCUGACCUGGACAGCCUCAAGGGCCGGGUGGCACUGUUGUCGGGUGGGGGCUCUGGCCAUGAGCCUGCCCAUGCUGGUUUCAUAGGGAAGGGGAUGCUGACCGGGGUCAUCGCUGGAGCCGUGUUCACCUCCCCGGCAGUGGGCAGCAUCCUGGCAGCCAUCAGGGCAGUGGCCCAGGCUGGCACAGUGGGGACCCUCCUCAUCGUGAAGAACUACACUGGGGAUCGGCUGAACUUUGGCCUGGCCCGGGAGCAGGCCCAGGCUGAAGGCAUCCCAGUGGAGAUGGUGGUGAUCGGGGACGACAGCGCCUUCACCGUCCUGAAGAAGGCAGGCCGGAGGGGGCUGUGUGGCACAGUGCUUAUACACAAGGUGGCAGGUGCUCUGGCUGAGGCAGGUGUGGGGCUGGAGGAGAUCACGAAGCAGGUGAACAUGGUCGCCAAGGCCAUGGGUACCCUGGGGGUGAGCUUAUCCUCCUGCAGUGUCCCUGGUUCCAAACCCACCUUCGAGCUCUCAGCCGACGAGGUGGAGCUGGGCCUGGGGAUCCACGGGGAAGCUGGUGUGCGCCGGAUAAAGAUGGCAACCGCCGAUGAGAUUGUGAAACUCAUGCUCGACCACAUGACAGACACCACCAACGCGUCUCAUGUGCCUGUGCAGUCUGGCUCCUCGGUUGUGAUGAUGGUCAACAACCUGGGUGGCCUGUCAUUCCUGGAACUGGGCAUCUUAGCCGACGCUGCUGUCCGCUCCCUGGAGGGCCGUGGGGUGAAGAUUGCCCGUGCCCUAGUGGGCACCUUCAUGUCAGCACUGGAGAUGCCUGGUGUUUCUCUCACCCUCCUGCUGGUGGAUGAGCCUCUCCUGAAACUGAUAGAUGCUGAAACCACUGCAGCAGCCUGGCCUAACGUGGCCGCAGUCUCUGUUACUGGGCGGAAGCGGAGCCGGGUAGCCCCUGCGGAGCCCCAGGAGGCCCUUGAUUCCAUUGCUGCAGGAGGCUCAGCCUCGAAGCAGAUGGCGCUUGUGCUGGAACGGGUGUGCAGUACCCUCCUGGGCCUGGAGGAGCACCUGAAUGCCCUGGACCGGGCUGCCGGCGACGGUGACUGUGGCACCACCCACAGCCGUGCAGCCAGAGCGAUCCGGGAGUGGCUGAAGGAGGGCCCACCCCCUGCCAGCCCUGCCCAGCUGCUCUCCAAGUUGUCGGUCCUGCUUUUGGAGAAGAUGGGAGGCUCAUCUGGGGCGCUCUAUGGCCUGUUUCUGACAGCAGCUGCCCAGCCUCUCAAGGUCAAGACCAGCCUCCCAGCCUGGUCUGCUGCCAUGGACGCCGGCUUGGAAACCAUGCAGAAGUAUGGAAAGGCUGCCCCAGGGGACAGGACUAUGCUGGAUUCUCUGUGGGCAGCAGGGCAGGAGCUCCAAGCCUGGAAGAGCCCAGGAGCCGAUCUGUUCCAAGUCCUGGCCAAAGCAGUCAAGAGUGCCGAAGCUGCAGCUGAGGCCACCAAGAAUAUGGAAGCUGGAGCCGGAAGAGCCAGUUAUAUCAGCUCAGCACGGCUGGAGCAGCCAGACCCUGGGGCUGUGGCAGCUGCUGCCAUCCUCCGGGCCAUCCUGGAGGUCUUACAGAGCCAGGGUGUGUAACUGCCUCCCUCUGCCUCAGCUCCUCUCACUGCUGUGUUGAGGUGGCCUUUGUCACUUCCUUCUGCCUUCCUAUCGUCACCUUCCCCCAGCCUGGACCCCUUGGCCCGCCCUCUAAGUUGAGCAGGAAAUCCUUCACCAAGAUUCCAGAGCUAUAGACAACACCCAGAGCGAGCCAGAGUGGGUCCCCAUGCCUCUCCAGUAUGCCCUCUCGCUUUGCAGGAGGGUGGAGUCCCUGGGUCACACCGCCCUCCCCUGCCAGCUCUGGACUUCAGAGAUAAGGCAUUUUCCUUGUGCAGCCUUUACCUGGCAAUCCUAAUUUGGUUUUAAGACUCCUUGUGAAAUGCCUUCUGCACCUUAACCCCAGUGAGUGUGGAAAAGAAAGUUAAUAAACUGUAAUACAUGGAAGCAAGAAA